AAAUAUCAACAUUUCUUUUAGAAAUGCAGCACAAAAAUGAAUAAAAAGAGAAGUUAUAGAAAAAAAAAAGAUGAAGAUGAAGAAGAUGAUAUAGAUGUGGCUGCUUCCAUUGAAGAUCGCAAAGAGUUGCAAAAGUUUCGAAGUAGGCCUAAAGGUGUUAGUGUGGAAGUCUUAGCAAGUUUAUUAGAUACAGUAUCCCAAAAUAAAGAAAAAACUAAUGAUGACCCAUUUAAGUUGAACUCAGGUGGAGGUUUGGUUGAUAAUGGAAAAUCUCGAGAUUUGUCUAAUUUUGGAACCAAUUUUUCCACUGAAACAAAUCAGCGCGAUGAAGAUAAACAGUUAUUAAAAUAUAUUGAAGAGGGACUCAUGAAAAAAAGAGGAGUAAAUCAACAAGAAAAUCCAGAUACAAAAGUAUUAUCAAAAGAAGAUCUUUUGUAUCAGUUACCUGAAAACCUAAAAGUGCAAUCAAAAAUAAUGAAAUCAGAGGAGAUGUUAUCAAGCCAAGUGUUAUGUGGUAUCCCCGAAGUUGAUUUAGGAAUUGAAGCUAAAAUUAAAAAUAUUGAAGCAACAGAAGAAGCAAAAAUGAAGAUGAUAGAAGAAAGCAAAAAUCGUAAGCAACAAGCAUCUGAAUUUGUACCAACUAAUAUGGCAUCAAAUUUUAUGCAUCAUAGCAGGUUUUAUGAUGAAAAGAAAGCUAUCGAGAAAGAAAAGAAAGAAGAAAAAGAAAGAUUAGAAAAUGCUGUUGUUAUUGACAAAGGACCUACUGUGGGUGGUGACAUUAUUGAAAAUGCCGAAGACUCCAAAUUUAUCAGAAAUACAAUGUCAUCUGGAGGAAAGCGAAACAAGAAAGGUACAUCAGAUGACUUUAUGUUUGAAUCGUUUAAAAAGAGAGCCAGGGAAGGUAAAUGGAGGUGAUAGAAAGUUGUUGUGAAGUGUCAAUUACUCAAAAAUUUAAAGUUUCUGUUA